AUGGGGAACUGUCUCUCAUGUUCCACGAAGCAGCUUGAUUCUAUAUCAGCGGAAGAGUGUGUGAAAGUCUUCACGGUGGCGGAGCUGAAAAAAGCAACUAAGGAUUUUAGUAAGGAGAUGGUAAGAGGAGAGCGCUUUGGCAGCCAUGUCAGGGUGAGGGGAUACAUCAACCCCAAGACGUUAUCUCCAGCCAAGGAAGGGGUUGGCAUGGUCGUUGCGGUUAAGAGAUUUUACAUGUUUAAGGAUCUUGAUCAAGAUUUGCAAGAUUGGCUUAUUGACCUAGAGUUUCUACGACGUAGUUCUCAUCCAAGCUUGGUGAAGCUCAUUGGCUAUGGUUUGGAUCGUCGUAGGUUGUUCAUCGUUGCUGAAUACUUUCCAAACGGAAGCUUAGAAAAUCACAUCUACAGAGAGACUCGUCCAAGGUCAUUGCCCUGGAAGACGCGACUUAACAUAUCCAUAGGAGUGGCUCAGUGUCUUGCUUUCUUGCAUUCUUGGAAGAAAACUAGUCUCUCUCGCAGAUAUCUCACCGCUUCUAAAAUCUUACUUGAUUUGGAGUUCAAUGCAAGAGUUUCCUAUUUCGGACUCGAAAACCUACCUUAUUAUGAAGAAGGGACACACGUCCCCUCGUUAGAUUACGCACCUCCCGAAUACAUAUUAUCAGCUUUGGUUCUAUACUGCUCGAGAUGCUAACUGGUAUAAGAACACGGCGCAUAAUCCUAGAAAUACGAAAUGACAAUGAAAUCAUUGCUGAGAUGAUCGAUCCGGAUUUAGAAAAUAGCUAUCCUCUUGAAGGGGGUAUGCGCAUGUGCGAGGUUAUAAAACAAUGCCUUGAGGAAGACCCGAAGAAUCGACCAUCCAUGCAACUUGUGCUGGAUAAUUUGAAUGCGAUAGCUAGGAUUUGAAGAUAAGUUAACUAAGAGUUGUAAACGGUAAAAAAAGAUAUACUUCCACUUGCUAUAAGACAACUAUAACAUAGUCGAUGUAUGCAUAUAUACAUUUGUAUUAAACAUGUACGAAUGGAGUGUAUAUGUCAAUAAAUAACUUUAUUUUUCAAAUCAAAUGAAAGGGUUUUCAAAAUCUCUGGUUAUGUUAUACGGUCAAUUGAAUUUCAACGGAUUUGUAUUUCAAAUUCUAUGUACCAAAACGGACAUUAUCAAUCCUUUUAUUACCACAUUAAUUGAUAAAAAUAUAGUCAUUCAAACAAUUUAAAUUAUAAAUUUAAUUUCGUUUAGAA